UAAUUUAUAAGCAUGUAGUUUACAUACGGAAAAUUGGUCAUCAGACAAGCAUAUAAUAUAUAAGAUUAACAAAUUUCCGCUAAAACUUCGUGGAAAACCUCUAAUUAUAAAAUAUAAAUCAAACCCAGACACACUUCAACCAUCAAGUUUCAGUUUUCGGCUCAGACAAAUAUCAAUUUCUGUUCGAAUUUAUAUUAUCACAUACGUAUCUAAAGGAUGAAAGAGCACAGCGAUCACGUAGUAGUGAUAGCCUGCGCAUCUCCGGUAGCUGACGGUGGCACAACGGCGGCGAUUCAGUCUCCCUUUCCAUCUCCGGCGACCGUUCCAGCGAUGACGCCGUCGCCGUUCGCCGUAUCCGUCGCGUCGACGAGGUUCAGUUCCCGGCGGCGGCCGUCGGAUCAUGUGUCGGGCGUCGUUCUCCGGUUCAUGGCUCUCGUCUUCUCCUUCGUCUCUGCUCUUUCGCUGGCUAUUCAGACGCCGUCGUCGAGACCAAGACAUCGGAAUCAGAGUUCCGGUUUCGCUGCUCAUCCUGAACUCGUGUAUUGUUUUGGGGUGGCCUUGACAGCAUUCUUGUACUCAGCUCUGCAAACAUUCAAAGGAGUUUGUGAUGUUUCCCACAGAGGAGUUUUAAUCUCCGAUUCCCUCUCUGAUUAUGCCAGCUUCAUCCUCGACCAGAUAAUGUGUUAUCUUCUGGUGUCAUCCUCUUCGGUGGCAAUUGCAAAGAUCCAAGAUAUGGAUGGAGAAGACAUGAAAACACUGAGAAAGGGUUCCAUUGUAUCGGCUUCGAUGUCAUUCUUAGCUUUCUUUGUCUUGGCCAUUUCUUGUCUCUUCUCUGGUUACAAGCUUUGCAAGAGAUUCAUUUGGUAACAACCUCUCUCUCUCUCUAUAUAGAUAUACAUAUAUAUAUAUAUAGAGAGAGAGAGAGAGGGGCGUGUGUGUUUAAAUGUUUUUGUUGUUUUAGAAGACAUGUACAAUUGGUCUAUAAUGUGUUUACCAACUCUCACUUUCA